UGUGUUGGGUUCCUCAUGAAUGUGUGCUUUCUCCCUCAGUGACCUGGGAAAAACACAAGUGCGACUUGGGACACUUGAGAACAUCCUCCUGAUGACUCUUAAGUUGGAAAAACUGAUCUUACCUAGCCAUAUGGCCUGCUGCCUCUGCCAAUAUAAAAGUAACAUUGAAGGUGUCUGCAAGACAGUCAAGCUGCAUUGUGACAAUGAAUGUCUGCCAAACACCAUACAGUGUCUUGAAGAACGAUCUAUAGAGAACACAGAAGGAAAAUUCAUGAAGGUGUUACAGACCCGGAAGAAGAGCACAAACACUGAGUUGACUAUUGAACCAGAAAGGGGAUAUGAGGACCAAAAUGGUGUCAGCUCUUCUGGCUUCAUAAAUGAGCAGCCAGACUUUAAUGAUGAUGAAAGUGAUCUCAUUAGUGCACUAAAUUACCUAUUGCCAUUUUUCUCACAGGGAAAUCUAAAAGGUGUAGAAUCAAAAUUGUUACCAUUCAUUAAACUGCUUUUUUCCAAUGUGCAAAAUGGAAAUAAUUCCCCUGGUAAUUUGAAAACUGAUACAAGGAGACCCCCUCUUAAACCUUCUUCAGACAACUCAGCUUACAAAAGUAAAUUGAACAAGCUCUAUUUUCUGGAAAAUUUGUUAGAUGCAGAAAUUCAGGAAAAAAUUGAUGAGGUUAAAAAAGAAAAAACAGCCAUGUUUAUGCAGCCUAGCCUUCUUAGUCCCAAAUCUGAACGCCAAAUCUUUCAAUGGAAAAUGGAUACUGACCAACCCCAGGAAAACAGCCUGGCAGAGACUGCAGAGAAAAGGCUGCAGAGGGUGAACAGAGUCCUCAAGGGGCCAAAAAGCAUACAGAAAAGGCAUUUCAAGGAAGUGAGGAAACAGAGCAUCUGGGGGAGACAGAGUGCCCUGCCUCUUAUGGAGAAUAUUGGUGCAGAAAGAAGGCUUAGGAGACCAUCCCUAGGGGAGCUGCAGAAGCUUCCCAUGGUACAGGAGCCAUGGAAAUCAGAGGAAUUCACCUUCCAAACAGACCCCUCACUCACAGAAGAACAGAAGGCAACUGUCUCUUCUUCCCUGAAUCCAUACUCAGCGGACAUGUCUACUAUUGCAAAACCACUACCUGACGUCAGAAAUAAAGCAAAAGACUUAACCUACAGCAUGUUUGUUUUAGAAGAUGCAAAUGCUAGAGUUAAAAACAUAGAGGCUUCUAAACCAAUCAUACAUGACCGAAAAAAUCUCCUUCAUAAAACAGGCUCUCGUGUGGUCCAUGGAACACCUAAGUCAAAACUGACUCAAAAGGUCAGAAAGAAAAAGUCUCGCUUGAGCAUGCUGCUUGCACACAGGCCUCCCUUCCCUGCGGUGAGGAGCCUCAUAAAUUCCCCUUCACAAAGGGCCAUUGCAUCUUUGGGAGACCUGAGUUCUCAGGACAACCCUUUUUCAGAAUUAUAUGCGCUUUCAGAACCUGUUACAGAGGACACUCCUAUACAAAAACAGACUGAAGAAAAUGCUCUUAUGGCAAACACUGAUGAGCCAGAAGAAAGUUUCUCUGAAGCCACAAACCAGGAAGAUGCUGCUGAUGCAGAUUCCAGUGUGGGUGCAUUCAAAAUACCAACUGUGAAACAAACCAAUGAGAUACAAUGGGAGUACCCCAACAUGGGCACUGACUCAACCACCAAGCCCAAAGAUCUCCUUACCACACUGGCAUCCCUGGCUGACCUUCUUGUAUCAAAACUAAUCCAGCAGCUUCAGUCCCUCAUCCCCAACAAUGAUGUGAGAACACUUCUUUCUCAAAUGAUCAAGACCUUAGGGGUUGACUGCUCUGAUGCUGAUGUGCAGAAGGCCUGUUCUAAGCUUAUCCUCAGAACAGGCUACUUAAUGAAACUUCUCAGUGAGGAGCGAGAACUCAGUGUGUCCAGAACUGACUGGGAUACAGACCACUGGAAAACAGAGGACUACAUCAGUGACAGUACAGAGCUUCAGCGUGGACAGAAGGGGCAGGAAUCAAGUGAGCUUAUACAAGAAGUUCCAGCAUAUGGUUGUAACAAAAAACUCCUCAUCUUGGCAGUAUCUGUGGCCGUAAUAGUGAUGAUCGUGAUUCCAGUUUCCUGUCUCUGUAUCAUCGAGGUAAGAACCACAAUUCAUUCAGGUUUCCAGAAUAUAUGUUGUCUUUGUAAGAGUCAGACCCCACAAACUGAAAACCAAAGGCAUUUUCCCACUCUCUACAGAAAGGUAAUUCCGUGA